AUGGCUCCUGCUAUCCUCCAGCUCCCCGACUCCUCCAGAGUCCUAAAGCAGACCCCUACACUAGCCGCCGUAACAGAGAAAUAUGACAGUUCUCUCCGAUUUUAUCUCAACGGAUCAAAGGUUGUGCUGGAAAAUGCCGAUCCUGAGGUCACCUUGUUGGAAUAUCUUAGGGGCAUCGGGCUGACGGGGACCAAACUGGGAUGCGCAGAGGGCGGGUGCGGUGCUUGUACAGUGGUGAUCUCGCAACUGAACCCCACGACCAAGCAAAUAUACCAUGCAUCCGUCAACGCCUGCCUAUCACCGCUUGUCAGUGUGGAUGGGAAACAUGUCAUCACAGUGGAGGGGAUUGGAGAUGUGAAAAGCCCGCAUGCCGUUCAACAAAGAAUCGCUGUGGCGAAUGGUAGCCAGUGUGGGUUUUGUACGCCGGGUAUUGUCAUGAGUUUAUAUGCUCUGCUACGUAAUGACCCCGCUCCGUCGGAACAUGCAAUCGAAGAAGCAUUCGAUGGCAAUCUUUGUCGGUGUACUGGAUACCGCUCCAUCCUCGACGCCGCCCAGUCAUUUUCUUGUAGGAAAGCAAGUGCCAACGGCGGGCCAGGUUGUUGCAUGGAAAAGAAACAAUCGGGAGGUUGUUGUAUGGAUAAGGAUAAGGCGUCAACAAAUGGUGAGAUCAGUAAUGACGACAGUGUCGCAAUCGAGAAGUCCUUCGAUGCGCCGGAUUUCAUCCCCUAUAAACCCGAUACUGAGUUGAUUUUCCCUCCGUCGUUACAAAAGUAUGAGUUUAAACCGUUGGCCUUUGGAAACAAGAAAAAACGCUGGUACCGUCCUGUCACCGUGCAGCAGUUAUUGGAGAUCAAGGACGCUUGUCCAUCUGCCAAGAUUAUUGGGGGGAGCACGGAGACACAGAUUGAGGUCAAGUUCAAGGCCAUGCAAUAUGUCGACUCAGUAUAUGUUGGCGAUAUUCCAGAGUUGAAACAGUACGUUUUCAAGGACGAUUGCUUGGAAUUGGGUGCGAAUGUCACCUUGACGGAUUUGGAGGCUAUUUGCGAUGAAGCGGUUAAGAGAUAUGGACAAAAUAAGGGCCAGGUGUUUGCUGCAAUCAAGAAACAAAUCAAGUACUUUGCUGGAAGGCAGAUUCGCAAUGUUGCCUCGCCAGCAGGAAAUAUCACAACUGCUUCACCGAUAUCCGACCUAAAUCCAGUUUUCGUUGCAACUGACACGGUCCUAGUUGCAAAAUCUCUAGAGGGAGAUACGGAGAUUCCGAUGGGAGAAUUUUUCAAGGGAUAUCGAGCUACGGCUUUGGCAGCCAACUCUAUCGUUGCAUCGUUGCGGAUCCCCGUAGGCCAGGAAUCUCGGGAAUAUCUCCGGGCGUACAAGCAGGCAAAAAGAAAGGAUGAUGAUAUCGCCAUUGUCAAUGCUGCUUUGCGGGUCUCGCUCUCGGAUUCAAAUAUCGUGACAAGUGCGAACCUAGUAUACGGCGGCAUGGCCCCAACCACCGUCCCUGCUAGGCAAGCACAAACUUUCCUUGUCGGAAAGGACUGGGCUGAUCCCGCCACACUUGAAGGUGUAAUGAAUGCUUUGGAAAUGGAUUUUGAUCUUCCAUCCUCAGUUCCGGGUGGGAUGCCAACAUACAGGAAAACUCUUGCGCUGGGGUUCUUCUAUCGGUUUUACCACGAUGUGCUCUCCAGUAUCCAGGGGAACACCACCACGGUCGACAACGAAGCGGUCCCAGAAAUCGAACGAGAAAUAUCCUCUGGUCAGAAAGAUCAUGCAGCUACCAAGUCAUAUGAAAAGCGCAUUUUGGGAAAGGAGGUACCCCAUGUCGCUGCUCUGAAGCAGACUACAGGUCAAGCCCAAUACACAGAUGACAUCCCCCCUCAGCACAACGAACUCUACGGGUGCCUUGUCCUUUCCACAAAGCCUCGGGCAAAAUUAUUAAGCGUCGAUUUCAGCCCUGCUUUGGAUAUCUCAGGUGUAAUCGACUACGUCGAUCACACCAGCCUGCCGAACCCAGAAGCAAAUUGGUGGGGCCAUCCAAGAGCUGAUGAGGUAUUUUUUGCCGUCGAUGAGGUUUUCACAGCUGGUCAGCCCAUUGGGAUGGUUCUUGCUACGUCCGCACGAUUGGCCGAAGCGGGUUCACGAGCUGUCAAGGUUGAGUAUGAAGAGUUACCUGCCAUUCUGACCAUUGAGCAAGCGAUUGAAGCAAACUCGUUUUAUGACCAUCAUAAUCCUUAUAUUAAGCGUGGUGACACAGAGGCUGCCUUCGCCACAGCGGAUCAUGUUUUCACUGGCGUCUCAAGAAUGGGCGGGCAGGAGCAUUUCUAUCUUGAGACCCAGGCGUGCGUGGCUAUUCCCAAGCCAGAGGAUGGGGAGAUGGAGAUUUGGAGUAGUACGCAAAACCCUAACGAAACGCAAGAGUAUGUGGCCCAGGUCACUGGGGUUGCAUCUAACAAGGUUGUAUCGAGAGUCAAACGACUUGGCGGUGGGUUCGGAGGGAAAGAAUCUAGAUCGGUUCAGCUGGCUGGUAUCUGCGCAGUGGCUGCCUCCAAAUCUAAGCGCCCCGUUCGUUGCAUGUUGAAUCGUGAUGAGGAUAUUCUGACAUCCGGUCAACGACAUCCGUUUCUCUGCCACUGGAAAGUCGGUGUUUCAAAAGAAGGAAAGCUAUUGGCGCUGGAUGCCGAUGUUUAUGCUAACGCGGGCCAUACCCAAGACCUGUCUGCUGCGGUGGUUGAUCGAUGUUUAUCGCACAUUGAUGGUGUCUAUAACAUUCCUAACGUUCAUGUACGUGGGCAUGUCUGCCGUACAAAUACGGUGUCCAACACUGCAUUCCGCGGCUUCGGUGGACCCCAAGGCCUAUUUUUCGCUGAGACAUACAUGUCAGAGAUCGCGGAUCAUCUGAACAUCCCCGUGGAAAAGCUUCAGGAGAUAAACAUGUACAGUCGAGGGGACAAGACGCAUUUCAAUCAGGUUCUCAAUGCCGAUUGGUACGUGCCUCUCAUGUACCAGCAGGUUCUGGACGAGUCGGAUUAUGCUUCCCGUCGCGCAGCGGUUACGGAAUAUAACCGAACUCACAAAUGGUCCAAAAGAGGCCUUGCUAUUGUUCCAACAAAAUUCGGUAUAUCGUACACUGCCCUAUUCUUGAACCAGGCUGGUGCGUUGGUGCAUUUGUAUAAUGAUGGUAGUGUCCUUGUUGCUCACGGCGGCACCGAAAUGGGCCAAGGCCUGCAUACCAAAAUGGUCAUGAUCGCAGCAGAGGCACUUGGUGUUCCUCAGUCCGACGUCUUCAUCUCUGAAACGGCUACCAACACCGUGGCUAAUGCAUCUCCCACGGCAGCCUCCGCAAGCUCUGACCUCAACGGCUAUGCAGUCUUUAAUGCCUGCGAACAGCUCAACCAGCGCCUCCAACCAUACAGGGAAAAAAUGCCCGACGCGACGAUGAAACAGCUAGUCAAAGCAGCGUAUCUUGACAGAGUAAAUCUCACUGCAAACGGUUUCUACAAGACGCCCGACAUAGGCUAUACGUGGGGCGAGAACAAGGGCCUGAUGUUCUACUACUUCACCCAAGGAGUUACGGCAGCUGAAGUCCAGAUCGAUACGUUAACAGGCGACUGGACGCCGCUGCGCGCAGAUAUAAAAAUGGACGUGGGACGGAGUAUAAACCCAGCUAUCGACUACGGACAGAUCGAAGGUGCCUUCAUCCAAGGCCAGGGCCUCUUCACGACAGAAGAGAGCCUCUGGCACCGGGCCUCGGGCCAGAUUUUCACCCGUGGACCGGGCACGUAUAAAAUCCCCGGCUUCAGAGACAUACCGCAGGUGUUCAAUGUGAGUUUGCUCAAGGAUGUGCAAUGGGAGAAUCUCCGGACCAUCCAGCGAUCCAGGGGGGUUGGCGAACCGCCGCUUUUCAUGGGUAGUGCUGUCUUCUUCGCGAUACGGGAUGCGCUGAAGGCGGCACGGAAACAAUGGGGGGUUGACGAGUGCAGUAUCCAUACCAUAGUCGUCCAUACUACUCCGUACGGGUUUGCACUCUGCAACCAAGCCCGCCCGGUCUUUAUCGCUAGGGGCGAUAGGGAUGUGUGCGACCAGUUGGGGUAUACGAUUCACACCAAGCAGGGGUAUCCACCUGAAUAUUUUCCACCAGGGCGCGUCCCAUACACCAUUAAGGGCAAGCAGUACAACCUUGCAAAUCAACUCCUCUAUUUUCCUAUUCUCACCUGCGUGAGGGCAUCUAUCUUUGCUUUCAUCCUCAGUCUGAGAGGCCUUCUCAAGUACGUCGUACUAACGCUUCGUAUCUUGUUCGUUGUCAACCUUUGCGCGGGGAUCGCUAUCUUCCUUGCCAAUCUAUUCCAGUGCAGACCUGUACAGUAUGCUUGGGAUUCGGAGGAAAUGGAUCGUAAUGCUCAGCAAGCUGCUGGGGCUGAUGAAAAUGGGAUGAAAGAUGGAAAGCUGGUCAAGGGGGGAACUUGUCUCCCGCAGAGAGGCUUUUUUCUAACAAUGGCACUGAUUACAAUAAUCCUGGAUGCCUGGCUUUUGUCUAUUCCAUCAGCUAUCGUAUGGGGGAUAAACAUGACAAGGAGGCAGAAAUUUAUGGUUGUGAUUGUAUUGAGCAUUGGAGCUGUUGUGACAGCCUUUUCAAUCGUACGCGCUGUAAUAGUCGUUGAGAACUUUUCCAAAACCCCCAGGGAACAAAUAUACGAUACCAAAUACACAUACGCCAACAUAGAAACAAACUGUGCAAUCUGGUCCGCAGCAACCCCAGCAUUAAAAUCGCUUAUUGCACGACUAUUUCCCCGAUGGUGGGAAACACGGAGGACACCAUAUCCCACGUCCUCUAACCAGCUACCACACGCCUCAAGUCUUCAAACCUCAACCACCCCGCUCGCAGGCAGCUGGAAAGGAUCUCAAGUUGCAUCCAGCAAUGAUCCCCAGUCCCACCCACUGGACUCCCUACCUCCAUUAAGGCGCAGCGACGACAGCGAGGCAGAGCUGCGGCGCUUCGAGUACGACACGAAGGUUUCGACCUUGUUCCGCACGGGACAAAACUAUAUAUAUUCCUGA